GGUUUACGGCAGGUGUCCACGUGACCCUGGCCUGCAGUAGGGUGGCUGCGGUGAGGUACCUGCGCUCGUGAAGGGUGGGUGGUUAGGUCGUAGCCACCGCAACCUCCGGCGGACUCUCCCGGGCGGCCAGGCUCGGGAAAAACGAGCCGACUGAGGCAUUCAUCGCUUAGUGCCUACGGCACGGGUCUGUUCUUUAUGCCACCUCCGCCUUCCUCGUCCCCACCUCUUUUCGGGUGAAGUCCCCUUUGGGUUUCGAGACCUUGGGGCCUGAGGCCCAAACUCGAAACGAACCCCCCACCCAUCCCUCUUUCCUUCUCAUCCUCCAUCUCUCCCUUUGCAUCACCGAAUCACUUAGCCGUUGAGCUGGCCAGCUCGGCGGUGCCUUGAGGCCAAGUUCGAGGCGGUAAAGGUAACGGUGGGGAAAGCAGCCCCCCAGUGGACAAAGGUGGAGGCAAGACUAGAGCAGGCCUAAGGGCCGCAGGCAAGGAGAAGAGGCGGCUGAGGGGGUGAACAGGAAAAAAAAAAAAGAGAGAGAGUACUGCGGAUUUAGAAGGGACUGGAAAGGACUUGUUGCACAAUGGAAGAAUCUGACUCUGAGAAAAAGAUGGAGAAAGAGAAUCUGGGGACGAGAAUGGAUCCUCCCAUAGGGGAACCGGAAGGAUCGCUUGGGUGGGUGCUACCAAAUACAGCCAUGAAGAAAAAGGUAAGACAUGUUAGGUACAUCAAAAACAUGAAGGUAAAGGUGCUGUUGAUGGGUAAAAGUGGGUCUGGUAAGACCAGCAUGAGGUCUAUUAUCUUUGCAAAUUAUAUUGCAAGAGACACACGUCGCCUUGGUGCAACAAUACUAGACCGUUUACAUAGUCUUCAAAUUAAUAGCAGUUUGAGCACCUACUCUCUCGUAGACUCUGUUGGAAAUACAAAGACAUUUGAUGUAGAACAUUCUCAUGUUCGAUUUCUGGGAAACCUGGUAUUGAACCUGUGGGACUGUGGUGGAGGCACAGCACUGACUCCUGGCUGGAGCACCAAGAGCCUUUCAUCCACACGGCUCAGAAGAAAAGGGAGAAAAAGCGGAAAGAAAAAAAGAAAGAGGAUAAGACAGGACACCUUCAUGGAAAAUUAUUUCACCAGCCAACGAGACAACAUCUUCCGUAAUGUGGAGGUUCUGAUUUAUGUCUUUGAUGUGGAAAGCCGCGAACUGGAAAAGGACAUGCACUAUUACCAGUCAUGCCUGGAGGCCAUUCUACAGAAUUCUCCAGAUGCCAAAAUCUUUUGCUUGGUGCAUAAAAUGGAUCUGGUACAGGAGGAUCAACGAGACCUGAUUUUUAAAGAGCGAGAAGAAGAUCUGAGGCGUUUGUCUCGCCCAUUGGAAUGUUCUUGCUUCCGAACAUCUAUCUGGGAUGAAACUCUCUAUAAGGCUUGGUCCAGCAUUGUUUAUCAGCUGAUUCCCAAUGUUCAGCAGCUGGAAAUGAACCUAAGGAAUUUUGCUGAAAUUAUUGAGGCUGAUGAAGUGCUUCUAUUUGAGAGAGCCACUUUUCUGCUUUUAACAUGGAAGAGAUGUAAUGGUCAACUCAGUGACGUAGCUAAGAGUUCAGAUGGGGAGGUGAAAGGGCAAAGAGCCCAUAGGCAGGGAUCACUUGCUUGGAAGUUCACUACCCUGAGCCCUGUCUUUCCUGCUAGUGGUAAUAGCAACAAGCAGGUGAUUUCUCACUAUCAGUGUAAAGAACAGCGUGAUGUCCACAGAUUUGAGAAAAUCAGCAACAUUAUUAAGCAAUUUAAGCUGAGCUGCAGCAAGCUGGCUGCCUCUUUCCAGAGCAUGGAAGUCAGGAACUCUAACUUUGCUGCUUUCAUUGACAUCUUUACAUCCAACACUUAUGUGAUGGUCGUGAUGUCUGAUCCAUCCAUUCCUUCUGCAGCUACUCUGAUCAAUAUCCGCAAUGCCAGGAAACACUUUGAAAAGCUGGAAAGAGUGGAUGGACCAAAGCAGUGUCUUCUUAUGCGCUAAAACAUUGCCAAAUACUGUUUCAGAAAAAAAUUGGAAUACUGUUUCUUAAUCUUAAUGUUGUAUUAGUAUAUAUAGGCUCUGAAAUGUUGUGAUGCUUAUCACUUCUGUAUUUCUUCCCUACUCCCCAGUCUUAAUGUUUAACCUUGAAUGCUAUUUACUCAAAUAGCCAGUGAGGAGUUAGAAGAUGAGCUGUUUAUGAAGUUGGUGUGACAUAUAAAUAGGUGAUAUAUAAGUGUUCUGAUAACAACGUUCUAAUAGUGCAGGUGUUCUGUUAACCUGGUUCCAGUUGUUGUGUAUGCCAAAGCCUUUCCCAGCGUCAUCUUGUAUUCCUUACCAGAGAGUAACCUAUACGUUUGGAAUAUUACUGUUUUCUCAGCAUGCAUUAAAAAUAUUCCUUAACUACAAUUGUAAAUAAACUUUUGCUGUUAGGGA